AGUCUGUGCUGUUUAUGGGAAGGUGGGCAAUGUUUCCCAAUGUAUCCAGUUCCGUCGCUAUUUUAUUUUAUUGAAUUUGAUAUCAUGCAAAUCGCAACUUAAGUUUACGCGAAGUUCAUUUGAUUGCCUGAAUUUAUAAUGGUAGUGAAAAUCUCUGUCUACUCUGUAACAAUUCAGUCAGACUAGUCAUUAUAGAGAAGUUUUGUUUCGAACUCACGUCGAAGACUUUCACCGGAUACAUCGAUAAUUAGAUUAAACGAUUCUGAGGUUGCGUAUCGUUCGCACAUCAGUGAAACAAAUCUUACAAUGUCCCCGUGCGUAUGGUCAGUCACUCAUAUAACUUUGAAGUAUUAGUACUGUGUGGUUCGCUUUAAGUGACAAAGCAAAAGCGUUGGCUGACGGCUCCCACUCGUCAAGUCGUCACUAUUAUCCUAUCUGUGAUUACGUUGCGCCGGGAACUGGGCACUCUAGUUAGUCGCCGCGGGGACUCCAAAGCGGUAAAUACGGAGUCGCAAAUCCUGCACCGCAUCAUUUAUCGUCAAGAUUUCGAUUUGAAAAUGGUGCAGCAGGAUUUGACUUAGGUGUGUGGGACGGUGGCACAUGAUCUGACGGUGAUGGGCUUAGUGCUGGUGUGAGUGCAGACAGGCAGACAGUGUCAGUGAAGUGUUGUGUAGUGUCUAGUCAAGUGUAGUCGAGUGUUAGUGGAGCAGGGAUGCCCUCCGUGAUGUUGUCCGCAGUGCUAGAAGAGGAGCCCGACCUGUACGAGGCUUUUCCUCCUCAUGUUGACCCCUCUGGGAUCACCAUCUUGACAGAUAGCCCUCCAGGCAAGAAAGCGCCGCUGAAGACCUACGCGGAGCUCGAGCCGCUGUUGCAGCAGGGCCGCAAGCGCGACCUCAAGCUCCUCAUCCGCGAGCACUCGUGGCCCAUCAACAGCCCCAUCCGCGCCUCGCUCUGGCCGGCCCUCUGCCGACAGCACCAGCAUGGCAAGUCCAUGCUCGACGGAUUCUACUGGGACAUGGUUACGCAGGUAUUCGGCACGGUGGAGCUGCCGGAUAAACCAAUCAUGCUCCCGCCGUUCGUGGAGGCGACCCACUGCCUCGGGUACCACCUGACCCGCAAGGGCCGGGCGGUGGCCGACCGCGUCGUCUCCGUACUCGGCUACGCUUGCCCCGACAUCACAUACAGCCCCAGCCUCUAUCCCAUCACCGCUGCUUUACUGCACUUCAUGCCUGAGGAGGAAUGCUACCACUGCAUGGCGAGCCUCGUCGCUUCCAAGGAGAAAAUGUUCAUCACGCAAACCAAACUGCUGAACGAGGUCACGUGGAAGACCGUCAUGCAGAUCGCCAAGAAACAUGCCAAGUCAGCAGCGCAGCACCUGUCGCGACUAUCGGGCGCGAUCGGUCCCGAGCGCAUCUACGCAGACUGGCAGUGGUGGAUCCUUGCCGCUCUACCCUUCCCCCACCUUGUGCGAGUGCUCGACUGUUUCUUCCAUGAAGGAAUCAAGGUAUUCUACAGGGUAGCCCUCGCUAUCUUGAUCCUAUUCAACAAGCACUCCACUAACCAAAAUUCAGAGUGGUACGCUGAGGCCACGAAGAACGGAGUCGACCACGCCGUCGACAAAUUCUGCAGGAACAUGCCUGCCUCUCCCACCAAACUCCUAAGGACCGCUUUUAGUAUAAGGGCACUAAGUUCACAGUACAUAUCUCGGGUGUUCAUAAAGACAGAGAUGACGCUGAAGUCGAAGCAGGUGAUCACAGGCUCCCGACUGAUGAGGUCACGCUCCUCGGACAAUCUGCCCACCAGCCAGUCGCAGGUCAACAUACAGAUGAUGUCGCACACGCUCACCAUACGCGAGAGAAUGUCUGAAGAAACGUGCAAACAGAUGGGCUCGCAUUCGCCCGGCCCGCGCGCCCUUUCGAUGGGCGUUUAUCCAAUCCAAGCGAUCAAGUCGCAGAUUCUUGACCAGAGUGAAUUGUUCACGCUUUGGUCGUGGCUCCCGGUGCGCAUAACCAUGUACCAGCCUGUACUGCUGUAUACCACGGAGGAGCACGGUUGCUCCUUGACAACUUUCUACGUGAGGGUGGAGCAUCACGAGCCUACGCUGCUCAUGAUCAAAACUUGCAACAAUGAGGUGUUCGGUGCAUACUGCUCGACGCGAUGGUUCGAGCGCAACCAAAAGGACGAACGCGGUAACCGGCAAGCCUACUUCGGCACAGGGGAGACAUUCCUCUUCAGCCUUUACCCGGAACGCGCCAAGUACCCGUGGGUCGGCUGCUCCUUGGCUGCUGAGGGCAAGGGCGAGGAGCGGGUCUCCCACGGCUCCGAGCUCUUCAUGGCCGCGGACUCCAAGAUGAUCACCAUCGGAGGAGGAGAGGGUCAGGCAAUAUGGAUGGACGAGAACAUCCGGUUCGGCAAGACGGACCGCUGCUCUACCUUCAAUAACCCGCCCCUUUGUCCCAGCGGCGAUUUUGAAAUACGUGUGCUCGAAGUUUACGGCUUUUCCGGUGCCUAGACCUCUCGUCAUCGAUAUUCGAUACGCGGCCGCUCGUACGCUACGGAGUGAAAUCUCGCGUGAUUUUACCGCUCCCCGAUGUCGAUACUUGAUAUUUCGCCUCCCACCAGUGAAAUCACCCGAAUCUUUGCGUAACGAACAAAUUAGUCUAAUCUAGUGCAACGAUUCUAAUAUAAAGAAAGUAUUAUAAUAAAUCAAACCUCGGUUUCGGUUCGGGCGGAUUCACUGACUACGAUACGCUUAGCAAAACUUCAUUUCGCUUUCGGAACAGUGCACGCGAUAUUCGAUCUUACGUCAUACAUUCAUGACCUUUAACAGCAUGCACCGUUUCGACAAGAAGUGUUGCUAGUGUACAAUUUGUACGGGUGUCUGGACUAGGCCGUUAUGCGCAAGGUCGUUUUGCGAUUUACAUCCGCAAAAAUCUAAAGAAUCUUUGUAGUUUAUUACAAAGCGUUUAUAAAUUGUAUAUCUCUUAGAUAUAUGUGCGUGGAUUUUAAUAGUAUUUCUAUGUUAUGUCGUGGAGGGGACGUGCGAUAUUUCAAUACUUGCCGUCUCAACAGACUGUGUAGAUGUAUUCCUAUAUUUAUUCUACGUGUGACCCCCGUAGCUAAACGUUAACAGUUAACACGCCUGUCCGUUCAAGACAACGAACCGGGGAAAUUAGGUUGUUUCUAUUAAUAUUUAAUCUAUAUAUAGUUGUCUGUGUGUUAAGUACAAAUGGAUGUGUCGUGUAGUAUCUACUCUCGGAUUAAUACGCUUACGUGAAGCAAUAUUUGUGGGCCUAGCCGUGGAUUGAGUAGUUUGUCGUGCCGAGAACAUUCCAGUGAAGGGUCAAAAACUUGGCUACGUGAAACGUUGAGAGGGAAAUGGGAUUCGAUGAACGCAAGGUUCAAAAUUAAUGGCAACGACAGUAUUCGGUAUCGUUUAGUGUACUCUAUCGCUUUAGGCUUGUCUUUAAAUGUGUACUCAAACCGUUAUCACUUGUCUUUGCUCACAAAAUGUACCAAAGAUGUUUAUUGUAGUUUAUCUGUGGACGAAUGUUUGGUGAUACUUGAUUCUGUAUGUUUUUGCUGUCCGAAGAAAUUGUCUAUGCAACUAUUUAAUAUUCGUAACGCUUUUACGCACAAUUUCGUCUGGCAGUUAAAAUAUAUAAGUAGUAUAAACCGCCUCUGAAAUGAUUGUGUUGAGUUUUGUGCAGAUUGGAAUCGGUCGAAGCAUAUCGCAACGGUAAUACAUAUCGUCUUAAACUAGUUGUGUCGAAGAUAAAUCUAAUAAAUUCAUAACUGCGUGCAAAUUAACAGAUUUGUCUAUCAAAAUCGUGUUAACCAAACAUUUGUCUACAGGUUAUUAUUGAAGUUAUAGAGUAAAAAUAUUAUGAUAAAAUUUUAUAUUCACAAAAAAAAAUAUCAAUUCAUUACAUAUUAUAUCGCGGUUAAAAUAAAACUAUAUUUACUCUGUGGCAUUGAUUUAAGCAGUUUUAAAACUAAGUGGGAUGACUCCCUUUUAUAUACACUGCCUGCUCGACAAUCGUUACGAAUUGUAUAAAGUGGCGACAUCAAUAUACCCUGAAGUUGAGCUUUUAAGCCAUAAAUAAUCAUAUUUGCAUUCACUAACACAUAACAAAACCAGUUCUGUUUUUUCCAAUUUUAAAAAACGUCUCACGUCACUGGCAGCCAGUGCCAUUUUUUUCGCCAGCAAUAAAUAGAUUCUGCUGUUCCAUGGGUCAACUAGUAUUAUUUUACAAAUUAUUAUGAAUGAAGGCAAUUACCUGAUUUGUCUUCGCGGCAAUCCCACAAAUCAGAAGGAUUGACGAAAUGUGCCAAAAAUGGACCAUUUGAAAACAAUGCCGGAUGGAACGGCAUUAUCUAUGAAAUAUUGCUCCAUAACAAAAACAUAGUUUAUGUCGCAAAAGUUAAAACUGUGCAUGAGACUUUGUUUUUCAUUGUUGCUGUAUGUAGAGGAAUCAAUUUGACGUCACAGAAUCAAAGACCAGCUGCCGUACUGUGUAACUUUUCUGACGAAUUGCCAACCGAUCGACUCCGCGUAAUACUCAUAAUUUGACAACGGCGUUUGUACACUCCUCGCAAAUUAUCUAUGGAAAUGACAAUUCCCUGUACAAUAUUGUUGAGUUACACUUUAUUGUGUGCUGCGCUUUAUCCGGGUUGUCAUUGCACUUUUCCAACUUUCGUGUCGCCAACUUUAACAUUGUAAGUUUACUAUGGUAUUCUUAAUGAGUAUUUACACGUUUAAUAAAUAAAUAUGUAUCUGUCAAAUUCAAUAUUAUGAAUGUAUAUCGAAAAUAUAAAUGCGCAGAAAACCACUAGUGGAAUGGUUUUUUUUUACUUAAAAUUAUGUUUUUCAUUAAUUUGAUAGUAUCGAAAUAUACAGUCAAGUUUUUUUUCACUAAUUCAAGGUCACACUUCCUAUAUUAGAGGGAGACAGCGAUACAUUUGUAAGCGUGCGACAGAGAUAAAUAUACAGUGUGAAUUUUUGACACAGGAACAUUUCAAAUAAUCUUAAUUUGUAAACAUACCAUAGAAUGACACCCCUUUUCGAUACAAAAAAUUUUUUGAAACAUACGAUACCACGCGCGUAUCAAAAACUCAUACUGUAUUAAGUUUUACACCUUUGAUCAAUAAUGUCCUAGAUAUGCGAUCCCAUACAAAAUCAAUCAGACAAAGUGUGGUUCUUUUAGAGAUAUUUAGUUGUUUUAUUAGUCUCGGGUUCAAUCCCCUGCCGGAGCAAUUUGAGAAUUUAUAAUUAUAGAGUAUUAUAUGGUGGGAGGACUCGACCGCGUUUCUUUCUCGGACGUUAAGACAGACACAACGUAAAGGCUUAUUACAAAUAGACUCCUAAUAGGUGAGUGAAAACUUAAUUUUCACGGGACACUUCGACAACUGACAGCACAGUCUAUUAUAGUAAGCCUGUUAUAUUAUUGAUCGAAGGUUUUCACACUGAAAUUAUUCCUACAUUUUCUAAUAGUCAUUUUGGAAAUUGUACUUGCGUUCAUUUUAUUUGAUGCAUCGUUUUGGCUACUCUUGUAAAUAUUUAUUUUUAAAGGUCUCUGUACAUUCUAAUUAUUGUUUUUUUUAAUAUAAGACUUCACUGAGUAGAAAUUGUUUGAACCUUAAUAUAAUAUGUUUAUUUUUUGUCUACUUUAUUAUUUUCGUGUAUUAUAAUUGAUAAAUAAUAUUUGUGUAGAGACCGAAGUAGCUCAAAACAAAAACUAUGCCGUGAUAAUAAUAUCUGGUUUUCUGUUUUCUUUUCGUCUCAAUGUUAUUUUGAGGGUCGUCUUCUAAAUUAAUGGAAUUUGAUUGCUUAUAAAAAACUUACCAAUGAUUUUUUUAUAUGUUAUGUACAUACAAAUAAUAUAAAGCUGAUAAUUUUAUAUUUUUAGAUGAGCUUUUUUUUCCUCGUGACCCUCGAAUACCUCGUGAUGAUUUGUGACGUGAAAUUUGGCAAUUGCAUACCAGAGCUGUCUAGUUCGACGUUACAAAUUGCAGUAAGGUACAAGUUUUAUACGAUUUCAAUGUCAUAGAGAUAAAUACCUUGAAAAUAAAGCAAUACAAUUCAAUAGCAUUGAAAAGGCGAAGCUGCAUUGGCCAUUUAAGACACCCAGAUACACCUAAAACGAAGAUAGGUUUAGCCCUUGGUUUAAUAUUUUCAGUUUCACAGAUGUGACAGCUCCGCAACGUUAAUCUGCCAAUUUUUUAUGGAGUCGUCAAAGAAUGACUUUUGGCCGCCUGUGUCAAAAUAACAGAUUUACGCUGACGACGUGGGACGUUCGUUUAUUUGACACUUAUUUAGGCACAGUAUUCGACACGGUACUACAUGCGACAUAUUAUGUUAUGAAGACCUAAGACUUGUUUUUAAAUUCAGAUUAUUUAUAUAAUUUAUUAAGUAGGUAGGGUGGAAUAAGUCGGGGGAUACACUGUUAGGGUUCGAAGACACGUGAACUUUAAAGGUCAGAGCAAACAGACAUGAUUAACAAAAUGUCCUGAAUGCUUAAUGUGAGAUUUUCUACCUUCGUUUACUUAUUCGAACGAGUGAGUGUUAACUAUUUAUAUGUUAUCGAAACAGCGCCAUCUAGUGACAUACAGUUUUGAUUCCAUAUGAAUCGUAGAAAACUUCUAUCGACUAAGCAAAGGCACGUAGGUCUCGCACUAGGCACCCUGAUCGCGUACCCUCCGUCUCAUAUUUAUUAUGUAUAUUAUUGAAUUGCCUGUGGACAGUGGUCCGGAACGGUCACAUGUUACGUUUUAGGGUAACUCUAAUAUUAUUUGUUCGCUCAGUUGUUUGAGUCACGCUGCCAACACACGAAUCUUUGUGGCUAAUAUCAUUGGUUUUUGGUAUAGCUGAUACUUGAAUGCCUAUUAAAUUAUAUGUUAAAAGUAUCGGGCAUAGUAAGUUCACCUGUUUUAUAGCUUCUAUUUUUAUGUUACUGUUUUUUCAAGUACAUUUUCUUACGUUAACUUUAUUUUUUAGUUGAGGGUAGUAGAACAAUGUUGUGAUUGUUUUGAUGCGAUCUACCGGCAACUAAUUAGUUUUAACAAGGAGUCAUUAAUCUUUUAUGCCAAAAAUAAGUGAGUAUUGCCAUUAUUGCGUGAGAAUUAAAGAAAAUAUUUUAACGUCAAAAGGAGCCUGUGUUGCCAGUCACAAUGCUUGCGUGCAGACCGCAAGGGCGCUAGCGUUGUUGCUGUGCCCUUGUUCUCUGUGACACUCAGAUCGCAACCGAGACCUAUGACGUCAAUUUGACAGGUUUCAUACUUGAGUUUAAUUUACCUAGUGUCACGGUUAGUUGCGAUUUCAGUACCUCAGAGUAUCGGGUUAAAGAACCCGUUAGCAGUUUAAUCGUUGAUCAGUGUAAAGUCUAGUCUUUAUUCUGUUUUUAUUCUUUAUCGGAUAUAAUAUCUAAAUGUUUACGAAUUGAUAUUUAAAUGUGCGACUUUCGCUCCGCCUCGGGGCGCAUACGCUCGUGGUUAGUUAGUGUUUAAGUACAUUUAAUGUUAAAAAUAUAUAUAUAUAUAUAUAUAGCAGUAAGGUGUUGCGUGAAAGAUACGACCUAAGUGUCCCCGCACACGGGCCACCGGCCACAACUACAAAACGCCGCCUCCGAGUCCAUAUGUAAUGUAUGAAAACUACAGAAAAUAAACCGGUGGCGGCGUUGUGUGGCUGUGGCCGGUGGCCCGUGUGCGGGGACACUAUAAUUAGUUAGAACAGAAAGUGUUCUGCAAUAUUGUUGCACAAUAUAUUCUAACAUUGCUGCAAUGUUUGUUUUAAUAAAAAUUUUGUAGUGUUACGAGUAUUUCGAGAGCGCUGGCUCUAAGUGUAGAAUAAAUUAAGGUUUAAAGGAAAUUCAAUUAGAUUCAGGUUUAUAUUAUUUUUAUAAAUUCAAAUUUAAUGAAUUUUUGAACAAAAAUCAGAACCGAGAUUUGGAUCUGCGACUCUCUGGCAACCGCGAAGCCACAGCUCUCAUGUCGCUGUUGCCGAAAUUAGUAUAUGCCUUUUUUAUCAGUAUACGGUUUCUGGGGAGUGUUAGUGUUUCAAUGCUUGAAAACAAAGAUUGUGAAAAAAAUCCGAUUAAAAUCGAUUAUUGGUAAACGCGAAGCUUUCUGAAGCAACGGUUUUUGCAAAAUUUACAAAAAUUACUAUUAUAUGGUUGCCUGAAAUAAAGUAAUGCCUACAUAAAUAAAUAAAAAUUUUAAGUUAAAUUUAAGAAAAAACAAUUUCACGAUUUAAAUUUCUAAUGAGUAACGAUUGCGCAGCACCUUUCAAUAUAUCUGUUCUCCCUUUCAGUAUUUGUGGUGUAAGUUUUUUUUUUAUGUGAGGAUCAUAUGCGACGCGUGUGCGUGCUGUGUUGUGCAUAUGCGUAUAUGCACGCUUGAGUGCAUGCGGGAUGCUUGUUUUGUUAAUGUACUGUUACAUUCGAAUAGUUUUUGUCCGCCGCCCGAGCGACGGUGUAAAACUCGUUUAAAUAAUGUAAUGUAAAUGUUGCUUUAUUAUGUCUACAAAAAAUAUAUAAUCCCAUAUACAUAUUGUAGUCUUAUUUAUUUUGAUCCUUUAUAAAUAUCCAUGGAAUGUGGUAAAUAAUGUUUGCUGCGAGAAAAUUACAUCGAAAAUAUGACGAUUUUGGUCUAUAAACGUUUUUAACUUUGUAAAGAAAUAAAUAAGUAGAUACAGUGUUAUUUUUUUAUAUCAUAGUUUUCUAUGAUAAAAACAUAAAACACAAGAUAUGCCAUGCUUUUUGAUAUAAUCAUUAUCUUUAUCAAUAACUCCGAUAAUGUGGAUUGGAAGACCAUUGGCUGCAGCAAAGAGCUCUGGUUUGAGCGAAUGGGAAG